GGAGCGGGGGUGUUUGGCUGUCAUGGGGUGGCUGGCGGGCAAGCGAGCUGCUGGCGCGGCGAGGAAGAGGAGAGCGGAGGAGGGUCCGAGGCGAGGGAUCUGGGGAAGACUCCCCUCUAGCGCCGAGCCUGGGCCGCGAGGCCAGCCAGCCCGCGUCGCGUCCCUCCUCCUCCUCCCGGUUCGGGGGGUCCCCGGGCUCGGCCCCCGAACGCCCCUCUCUUCCGUUCGCCAUGUCAUUUCCUGUGCUAAUAAGAUGGUGGUCACGGCCGGGAGGGAGGGAGCCGCCGCAGCUGCCUCCUCCUCUUCCACCGAGCCCGGCCCGGCCCCGGGACUUGUCCUCGCCUGGGACUAGCGAGCCAGGCUGGGCUGGCCGGGCCGGCGCCGAAGAGGGAGGCGGGGGACGGGGGCGGCGGGACGGGGCACCGCGGGGAGAGCUGGGCUGCCCCCAGACGACGAGCCAGGGCCCCGCAGCGCCGAGAACAUGAGUGAAAAACUGAAUGACUGCUUGGGGGAGAUGGUGACUAUCAAGACAGAGCCCUGCUCUCCAUGCCAGGAAGAAGAAUAUGGACAACUCUGCUCAGGAAAGGUUGAUUCCCAAUCUGUGGACAUUGCACCUAAGAAGCUGAAAGGAAAGCAGGAUUUGAUCAUGUCUAAGAGCUUUCAGCAAGUGGAUUUCUGGUUCUGUGAGUCUUGCCAGGAGUAUUUUGUGGAUGAAUGUCCAAACCACGGCCCACCCAUGUUUGUGUCAGAUGCUCCAGUACCCAUUGGCAUCCCUGACCGAGCUGCGCUGACAACCCCACCUGGCAUGGAGGUCGUGGAAGAACCCAAUGGGGAGCGGGAUGUGCGCUGUGUGAAUGAGGUUAUCCCCAGAGGUCGUAUCUUUGGACCAUAUGAAGGGAAGCUCUCCAGUCAGGACAAGUCAGCAGGAUUCUUCUCUUGGCUGAUUGUUGAUAAGAACAACCGCUAUAAGUCUAUAGAUGGGACAGAUGAAACUACAUCAAACUGGAUGAGGUACGUGGCCAUAUCCCGAGAAGAGAGGGAACAGAACCUGAUGGCGUUCCAGCACAGUGAGAGGAUUUACUUCCGGACUUGUCGGGACAUCCGGCCAGGGGAGAGGCUGAGGGUCUGGUACAGUGAGGAUUACAUGAAGCGACUGCACAGCAUGUCUCAGGAGACCAUCAACAGAAACCUCACGAGAGGAGAUAAAAAAUUACUAAGGGAAAGGUCAGGCAGAAAUAUGGAAAAUCAAGAGGAUAUGAACUAUCCCCUCGAGCUCACGACAUCAAAGCAAGGGAAGAGCCCAUACAAGCGGAGCUUUGAAGAAGGGAUAUCUCAACCCCAAACCAAGAAAAAGAAAAUAGAUCUGAUUUUCAAAGAUGUCCUAGAAGCUUCUCUAGAGUCAACAAAGAUGGAAGAGCAUAAGUUAACAAAAAAUGCUACUCCUUCCACUAGAAAGUCUGCCAGAUUCCAAGUUCAAGAUGUCUCAGAAAGUUGUGGAACUGAUAUUCUGCACAGCUCUCCAAACCACAGCAGAGGCAGAAAUGAGGGUGAGUGGAAGAUCCCCCAUGGCUCCUCUUUCACCAUGUCCAAAGAAAUUGGCCUGCUGGAAGAUGAAAGUGAAGAACCCUUGUCAUUUAAAGUGAAUAGCCCCACUGAUCUCUCUUUGGCAUCAACUCAAGAUGAUGCCCUAGAGAUACCAACAACUUCUUUGUGUCCUAACUGCAUACGGUUGAAGAAGAAGAUUCGUGAGUUGCAGGCUGAACUAAACAUGCUAAGAUCUGGCAAGUUAGCUGAGCCACCUUUAUUACCUCCUCAGGUACCUGAAUACCAAGCGUUUUCAUACCCCACAGCUUCAGAAGGCAUCAUGUCCGUUCCCACCAUCAUGGAGGAUGAUGACCAAGAGGUGGAUUCAGCAGAUGAAUCAGUCUCAAAUGACAUGAUGAUAGCCACAGAUGAGCCCUCCAAGAUGUCUGCUGUCACCAGGAGGAUUCGGCGCUUCAAGCAAGAGUGGCUGAAGAAAUUUUGGUUUCUGCGGUACUCCCCUACACUGAAUGAAAUGUGGUGCCAUGUCUGCCGGCAGUAUACAGUGCAAUCCUCUCGGACUUCCGCCUUCAUCAUUGGCUCUAAGCAAUUUAAGAUACACACUAUAAAACUUCAUAGCCAGAGCAACCUCCACAAGAAGUGCCUGCAGCUUUACAGGCUCAGGAUGCACCCAGAGAAGACAGAAGAGAUGUGCCGAAACAUGACUUUGCUCUUCAACACGGCCUACCAUUUAGCUAUGGAAGGCCGGCCCUAUUGUGACUUUAGGCCUCUUGCAGAACUACUGAGAAAGUGUGAACUCAAAGUGGUGGAUCAGUAUAUGAAUGAGGGAGACUGUCAAAUCUUAAUUCAUCAUAUCGCUCGAGCUCUUAGAGAGGAUCUAGUUGAACGGGUCAGGCAAUCUCCUUUCCUCAGCAUCAUUUUGGAUGGGCAGAGCGAUGACUUGCUUGCUGACACAGUUGCAGUUUAUGUACAGUACAUCAGCAGUGAUGGGCCUCCAGCCACUGAAUUCCUCUCUCUCCAAGAGUUGGGCUUUUCCACAACAGAUAGUUAUGUCCAGGCAUUAGAUAGGGCUUUUUCCUCCCUGGGAAUAAGGCUGCAGGAUGAAAAGCCAAGUGUUGGUUUGGGAGUAGAUGGUGCUAACAUUACUGCCAGCCUUAGAGCCAACAUGUACAUGACAAUCAGAAAGACUCUGCCUUGGUUGCUCUGCUUACCCCUUAUGGUACACAAGCCACACUUGGAAAUAUUGGAUGCAAUUAGUGGGAAAGAGCUUCCAUGCCUGGAAGAGUUAGAGAACAACCUGAAGCAACUGCUCAGCUUUUAUCGUUACUCCCCCAGGCUGAUGUGUGAGCUUAGGGUCACCGCUGCUACUCUCUGUGAGGAGACUGAAUUCCUGGGAGAUAUUAGAGCAGUGAAAUGGAUCAUUGGAGAGCAAAAUGUUCUCAACGCUCUGAUCAAGGAUUAUCUGGAAGUGGUGGCCCAUCUCAAAGAUGUCAGUGGCCAAACCCAAAGGGCAGAUGCAUCUGCCAUCGCCUUGGCUCUCCUGCAGUUCCUUAUGGAUUACCAGUCAAUUAAGCUGAUAUAUUUUUUGCUGGACGUCAUUGCUGUACUUUCACGCCUUGCCUUUGUCUUCCAAGGUGAAUAUCUCCUUGUGUCGCAAGUUGAUGACAAAAUAGAGGAGGCCAUCCAAGAGAUCAGCAGGCUGGCAGAUUCUCCUGGCGAAUAUCUACAGGAAUUUGAGGAGAACUUCCGUGAAAGCUUUAAUGGUGUUGCUGUGAAAAACCUACGGGUGGCUGAAGCCAAAUUCCAGUCAAUUCGAGAAAAAAUAUGCCAGAAGACCCAGGUGAUUCUAGCUCAAAGGUUUGAGCCCCGCAGCCGAGCGUUUGUGAAAGCAUGCCAGGUGUUUGACCUUGCAGCUUGGCCAAGAAGCGCAGAGGAGCUCAUGAGCUAUGGCAGGGAAGACAUGGUGCAAAUCUUUGAGCAUCUGGAAGCUGUUCCGUCCUUUUCCACAGAAGUCAGCAGGGAGGGCAUGGACACCAGAGGGAGUUUGCUCAUGGAAUGGCGAGAACUCAAGGUGGAUUAUUAUACCAAAAAUGGUUUUAAAGAUUUAAUCAGUCACAUUUGUAAAUACAGGCAGCGAUUUCCUCUUUUAAAUAAAAUAAUCCAGAUCCUCAAAGUCCUUCCCACCUCCACAGCCUGCUGUGAAAAGGGGCGCAAUGCUCUUCAGAGGGUGCGCAAAAACAAUCGUUCUCGGCUCACUCUGGAACAGCUCAGUGAUCUUUUGACAAUUGCUGUUAAUGGACCACCUAUUGCCAACUUUGAAGCCAAGAGGGCACUAGAUAGUUGGUUUGAGGAGAAAUCUAGCAAUAGUUAUGCACUGUCUGCAGAAAUGCUAAGCAGGAUGUCCUCUCUGGAUCAGAAACCAGUGCUACAGAGCAUGGACCACGGAUCAGAAUUUUACCCUGAUAUUUAGCAAGGAAUGCCUCUCAUUUAGAAAGCUGUUGAAUUUUUUUUAAAUCAAUACUCUAAGCUUUGAUAUAUUAUAUUAUAUGUAAACCCCACACUGAAAAUUAUCUGAUGGAAGCUAGGAGGAAUUUUUAAGAAUGAGACCACACUUAACAUUUACUGACAUCUUCAACCGUGGCAGCUGCAGUGUAGGUGGCAACAUUUCAUUCUUCAGAAACAUGUGCUGGGGCCAUAGUCUGCAUUUUCAAACUGAAUCAAUGUAUAAGCUAGACAUGGCAGGCUGUCGUCAUCCUACUUCUCACUUUGCUUUCAUUUAUGUAUCUGUUUUCUCCCUCUGCCAUUUUCCCUUCGUUUGUCAAGUGUUGAGCCAUUUCAGCUCCUUACUAAUGAUCACCAGGUUUUUCUGAGCCCUGUGUGUACAUCUUGGAAUUCUUUUCCAACUCCCCAGUUUCAUCUAGGUUAGAAUGGAUUCUUACACACCUUCUGAUAUCUGGUAAACUUCUUUGUUUCUGUCAAUUAACCCGUGAUGGCCCUUUCUCGGUCUUACACACCAAUGGGCAUUUUGCAUAUAAGGCAAAUGAUUCUGCUACUCCUGUGAAAGUUCUACUAACAAGUCAUGUAUCUGACAAUAUGAUAGCAUGUGCAGAUUAAAAUAGCAUAAUGCAGAAGUUGGGGAGGGGUUUUGUUGGGUUUUUUUGCAUUUAUAUUUUUAUAUCAUAGGGGAUAAGGAAAAAAAUUAAACUUUACUGAAAACCCGGGCUGCUGUGGAAGCUAGAUAGCCAAUGAGUCAAGUCCCAUAAUAGGGUGGAGACUCCAGGGCUUAAAAUAUAUGUAUGUUAAUUUUAUGUUAUUUAUACUCUGUCUUUAUAAUCAUAAAUGGGUUGUGUCUUCUGUUUGUUUGGUUUUUUAAUAAGUGAAAGAAAUGCCUGCUAUAUUUCUGUGGCAGGGGAUAUCAAUGCAAGCUCCAUCUUUGGCUGUUAUCACAUGACAAUGUUCUUUGAGAAGUUCACAUAUCCUCCUUUGACUAAGAUUUUAAAAUUCCAUUGUGUGGCAAAAGAAAAUGGAAUGUUGUGCUUAUUUCUGUGAACUGUUCCUUUUGAAGGGUGCAGAGUCUGACAGAAGUAUGAAAAUUGGGAUUUGCAGUUGAAACUAUAAACACAUUUGUGGAGAUCCUUUUUUUUAACCCAAACAGGUCAGGUUAAAUAAGCCAAAACAAGCACAAAAUCUCCACUAGUGUUUGUGCCAUGCACUGCUAAUAUGAUAUAGGGCUGCAUCAUGACUGUAUUGGAUAAUCACAGGAAUAAGAAGGAACUCUUUUGCCCAGAACUACUACUAGGAUGGCAUGUUUCCAGAGGGACUAACCUCAUGCCAGUCUGCAUUGUUUUUGAUAUAUAGCAAUGAUGUCAGUUACACUGAACCUUUCCUUAUCCCCCACCCUCUCCCCACCCCUCUUUUUCCUACCCCUUCCCAUUGGUCUUGGUGCUAAGGUAUCUCUGGAACCGUUGCUGCUAGAUUAUAGCUUUUCAUUUAUAUAAAUAUAUUAUUUUAUUUUAAAACAGUAUGUUUUCAAUGGUAAUGUAGCAUGCUAUUAAAGCAGUUUUUCUCUUAAGGUAUAUCUGCACCGGGGUCCCCUGCUGCAUCCCCCACCCCCCGAUUUCAGUUCGUCCCUCAUUGUCCCAGAAAUAAUCCUAGCAUUUUUCUCAUGCAGAUGUGCUUCUUACUGUCAGGACUCUAGGCUUAUUUUUUAGACAGUAUCUUUGUUGUGAUGUCCAAAGAAAAGUGGGGAUGAAGGCAAGGCUUUUUGCUGUCUGUCCUUGGUAUUGUAAAGUAACUGGAGUUGUCCAAGAUAUUCCUCUCCAUCUGCAGAUAAAAAGACAACAAGAAGAAAAAAAUUCAUUAGUUGUUUAUAACAAAUGCAUAAUAUUAGUAUAAUUAUUCUUUUUAAAAAGAAAAGAGGUAUUGAGGUAAAGGAAAACAGAUGGAGGUAGGUAGGAUAUCAUUAAAAAUUGUCCAAUAUAAUUGUGCAAAAAUUGCUACAUAAUGCGAUGCUGAUUUUCGUGUGUGAGGACAGACGAAAGUGAAGGAUUAAUCAGGGACAAUCAGGGAUAGGAAACGGGAUGAAGUGCAGGCUACAUCAACUCCUUUUGCGGAAAGAACUGGUGCAAAUAUACCUUCGGUCAUUUCCACUGCCAAGGUUCGUGCACUGCCUUCUCACUCCACCCCACCCCUGGCUGAAAAAGAAGCACAGAGAUCGGUGGCUUGUUUGCUUUCCAGUAGUCUCUCUCUCUUUUAACCUCACAAGUAAUGUUUAUACUGGGAUUCAAAAAAUUGUGUGGGCUCUCUCUCUCUCGAUCUAUCUAUCUCUAUCUGUAUAUAUGCCUUUGACCUUGGGGUGAAGGUGAGAAUGAUGGGCAGAUGAAGAUUCUUUCACCAAUAUUAAGUCCAUAUAGCUUUGACAAUUUUUGCCAGUAAUUACACCAUCAAUAUUAACAUACCCUGACAUUUGUCCACCAGUGUUCUUAGUUCCAGAAUAGCUGUUACUCCUCGCUAGCAAUAGACAGAAUAGUUUGUUUACACAACCAAAAAAUAUAGAUGAAUACUUUCUUCCAUUCUUUACUGCCAGUGGUUUUUGGUCACAUUUAUGGGCCAUGGAAUAUCCCAGCCACCUCUGGGAUUUUCACUGGCUGUUUUUGAAGGAGUUAAAAUCAAUAGAGCACCUGGAUCCAAAUAGUGGCAUGCAUUGAUAAAGAUAAUUUGCAGGAUGUAGUUGAUGGUUUGUGCUUUGCAGCACUCAUUCCUUUCUAUAGUGUUACAGCAGAGUGAGUAGACUAGGUAGUGUCUCUAGAGUGAAUCCAAACCAUGAUUUGCAUUAAGAAACAGAAAUUGAACAAAAAUGUCUGUAUGAUUUAAUGUACAGUAGAAUGUCACUGCAACAUGCCCUCCCAAGUGUCAACAAAUUGCUAGGACUAGUUAAUCUGUUUUCCAUGUUAUCUUUCAUACUUUUUCAUUAUCAGUUUGAACAAGGAAGAUUUUGGUAGCAUACAAAGUUGACCUCAGCCCUCUGUCAGAAGAGCAAGAUGCUUUUCGUUUAAUGGACUAUUCCCCUUCCAUAGUUGUUAUGAACUUUUGCUAAGCAAGAAAAGUCAUGACACCUCUUCCUGUGCUCCAUUUAUGCCCAAGUCUUGAUGGGCUGUAGUGUUCUGUAUGUAAAUGGACAAUAAAAUGAAAAAUUUGUAACAAUCAGAAUGCUAAGUGUAGAAAAGGUACAUGGCAUAAGCUUCCAUGAAAGCUUCCUCUUCUAGUUUUAGGACGUUCAGAACAAUCCAAGCAUGUGUUUAAAAAUCAGGGUACGUUCAAUCCAACCAAAAGUAAUCGUUUUUUUUAAGUCCACUUGGUUUUAGUAGGGGACGAAAGCAUGCACUUAACUCAUUUGUAUUAAAAUCAAUGGAGCUUCAAAGUGCGUACAUUUUACUGGAUCAAGGGGUUGGGUUUUUUUGCAUUUGGAAGAUUUCAGGUUAUCAGUUCAUGUAAAUAGUUAAUCCAACUUGGUCAAACGCGACUGAUGAUCUCUAGGAGUCAAGUUACAUUUGCAGCCUUAGCUAUGAUACUACAAAAACUGUCUUUCUAUUUAAAAUAUGAUGGGUUUCCACAGCUGUGCUCCAAAGUGGCAAAACUUCUUGUCUUUUUGUUAUCAAAUAUGAUCUAUUCAGAAUCCAAGUUCUCAGUCUGAUGGAAAUGUAUGCCGUGUUCCAUCUCUAAAACUUCUUCCAAAUUCACCAGCAAAAUAUGCCAUUAUCAUUACACUUGAGUGGUGUAACAUGUUUCAUCACACACACACACACAUCCCUUUUGUGAUGGAGUUGCUUAUUUUAGUUAAAGGACAGAGAUGCCUAGAAUAAAAUCCUGGCUCCUCUGAGAUCAGUUCCACUUCAGUGAAGUCAUAAGUCAAACCUAGGAUUCAGUUGUGCAGUAGUUAGUAGUAGUUCUGGCCAGUUGCCAACAAGUCAACCUGUUACACUAUGCAAAUGGUACUAAUUUUUGGCAUGCUGUGAAUAAAAAUCUGUUUGCUAAAUGUUUUAGUGGUAAUGAUAACAUAAAGACAUGGUGUGUGAUCCAAUCUGAUCUCAUCUGUAGCCCUUGUUGAAUGUCCGUAGCCAGGUAUAUAAUAACUGCAGGAUGAGGACUACAUUAAAAAUGUGUAUUGGAGGGUAAAACAGCUUUUUAUUGCCACUCUGUAUCCCUAGGAGGGUUUUGAGCAAUUGUAUUCAACUGAUACUUGUCUAAGCUCACUUGUUACACUUGAGCUGUCUGAUCACAGUCUCAAUCAGGCGAACUAAAGAAAGGCUGAAUGCUGUGAAAAUAAGACACUAGAGGGCGUCAGCUGAUAGCCGUUUGUGGGCAAAAAAGCACAAGGGAAGAGCUAUUUGGUGUAUAUCGGAAAGUCUCUAUUUGAAACACUUUAUACUGGUUUCUCAUGGAAUGAGGAGGGGAUAAAAGAUGUCAGCUCAAAAUAUACCUCUUGGGAAACCAAAUGGGAUCAGGCAUCCUGUUCUGUUCUUUCAAUAGUUUAUUGUUAUGAAUGUGUGAUCUCUUAGAAUACAAAAAUGUUUGAAGGACAAAAAGGUGAUGGUUUGUAAUCAAAUAUUUCCUUUAUAGCAUCUGAUGGAUUAAACUGUGCACUUCUUACUUUCAGAGUCCUGACUCAAAUGGGGUUAGAUUUCCCACCUACCUUUUUAACUCAGGCUCUUCUUACAGAUGUAUGCUUCUGUUUGGCAGAAGCAUACUAAGCACAUAUUCCUGUGGUCAUCAAGCCAAAUGGAACAGGGAUGAUGGUAAUGGAACAGGAUACCAAAGUUCUUCCUACAUUAGCAAAAGCACAGUGAGAACGAGUGUAGACAUUGCAAGUACAUGCUCUUACAGAGGGCUGGUUCUGGCACACUUUUUUGCAUUAAAAUGGGGUUUUUGUGUGUGCGUGUGUUGCUUGUGCCUGUUGCUUGCACUUUUGCUGGAAUGGACUCUCAAACAUCUUGGUCCCGCAGCACAAACACAGCUACUAGGGAGUCUUUCAGGUUAAACUGGGGCUGACAUCUACAAAAAAAUAACAUCCCUUUAGAGACUCCUGUCUUAAAAUAAAAUAAAGGUUUCUUGAACAGUACAUACCUGUACUCUGCUUUUCAGUCACUCCAGUAAUAUCUAUGCAAUUCCCACCUCCCUUGGAGACAUGUAAAAUGCAUAUGCAUGAAACCUGCUGUAUGUGCUCAGUGCACAUGCAUGUAAGGUACAAUCCAAGAAAGGACUUGUGCCCUGAAAAUCCCAUUGUUUUCAAUGGUAUAUCUCUGGAUUGCAUUCACUGGGCCUGAUCCAACCAAAGCCAAACACUUUUAGGUCACAUUGAUUUCAGUAGCAAAGAGCUGAGCCCGUGCUUAAUUUCCUCUUUGAAAUCAGUGGGACAGAGCUGUCGACCUUUGACUAGGGCAUGAUCAUAGCCUAUAUAUGAUAAGCCAAGUACCAAUGCAUAUACAAACACACCAUGUAAUGAACUAAUUCACAUGCCUAUGUAUCACUAUAUAAAUAAAGUACUAUAUAUUUAUAUAUUUCUAUGUUUCCAAUAGAUAGAUAUAUACAAGACAUUUAGAAAUAACCGACUGUUGUGGUGCAAAGGAUGGCUUUGUUGAGAGGCAUACUGCACUGAAGACUAAAGUCCUCAGUGUUUUAGAAAGGCUAUAACGAUAGCAGGUAGCCUUGCCCUAAGGUCUGCCUACAUGUAUAAAGCGAUGAAGUGAAAAAGAUUUUGCUGUGAGGAAGAAUUCUUCUAUUGGCAUGGAAGACAAGAUGCCAGAUGAAGCCUGUGUUGGGACCUUCUUGUCAGCAAUGACAAGUAAACACUUCCCCAUUGGUGUUGAUUAUACUAUAGAUACUCACUUUGGCUGAUAUACAUCUUAUCCACAUAUGCACUUUCCCACCUCUGAGUGUAUUGAUUUUAAUGAAUCCAAAUCCCAGUAUAUUGAAUAUAGCUUGCAUCCCCUGCCCCGCCCCCAGCUGGUAUUAUUUGAUGGCUGACAAAACAAAAUGGUGUGAUAAACUUAGGAGUGAAAUCCAGGCAUCAUUUGUGUGUGGGAAAGCCCCAUUGAUUUCAGUGGCAUUCAUUCCCAAGCAAUUAGGUGUAAGAUUGCAUUAGGAUUGUAUGUGGAACACAAGUCAGAGCAAGGUCAAAAAAGGGAGAGAAUGGAAGAUGGAGCAGAGCAUAAGAAUAGAGCUAUGGGUACAAUGGUAAAUAGGUGGAUGGAUUUAGUUGGGGAGCCAUGCCAGUGGCUUUCCCUAUCCAUGCAUUUGUCUUGCUGUUCCUCAGCUAUGUUUCUCAUCCUGUCUGGUUACAUUUCAAAGAGCAGCUACUUUUUAAUUGUGAACUGAGCAAACAGGUUGACUGUCAAAAUGGCUUUCAGGAUGGACAAUAGUAAGACAGAUCUGAAAGCUGCAUUGAUUUCAGAAGUGUUGAUUUGCGGCAUUAUGACUGAACCACUCCAGCGAAAUAACUUGUAAUGUGAUUAUACUCUUUGUAAUAUGAAUGGCAGAUUUGUGCAUUCGUUGCAGACCCAAGCUGCAAUUUUCAUUUAUCAUCCUUUGUGAAAUAUAUGUCAAAGUCUUUGAGCUGGACAGCUUCUUUCCCUUCUCCCUUUCACUACACACAUGCUCUGAUUUGGAGAAAGCCAUUCAAAUUAUGCAGUUGGGAAUUAUUUUCUGUUUGCUUAAAUCUGUAAGGCAGGUACCUAGGAUAGCAAGACUCUUUUAAUUCAGUGCUAGCAAUUUUCACUGGUUCAGUUGUUUCAUCCCGUGAAGUGGGGGAAAUGUUAGAUUUGAACUUCCAGUUAUCCAAUCACUAUGUAAUGCCUUAUGCAAGUUUUUAAAAAAUGUUUUUGGGGGGCUGGUGAGGGAAAUGUAGUAAUCGUUACUUUUUCCUCAACCACAGAGCUAUCUAUCUACAUGCACUGGUGUUGCACAGUGCCGCAAGCUUGUGCCGCACCCCUCUGGUGAGUUUGUUAUCGUUUGUUAUUUGUCUGGGCUUUGCCACCACACAACUCUGGAAACCCACCUCAGUUACAAACCUGGCCUACCUGAAACCCCGCAAGCUGCUGGACUGUAGAAUACGAGAACAGCUACCUAGAAAACAUACUCCUCAGGACUGAAACUCAUGGAAAGUUACCCUCUUGUGGCUACUGGGUCGGCUCUCCAGCCUGCAUGCUGCCAACAAAGCACCCUCACUCUGUACAGAAAUCCCCUCAAGCACUGCACCUCAUGUAUAGAAAUCUCCCCAGCCCAUGCUGGGGAGGCACAUCACACAAACUGUAAUUAUAUAAAUACCACAGGAGAAGUUGGGUUUCUUCUAUUCAGGCAUCCCCACAGACUCACUUUACAAGAAUCAAAGGGAGAGAAGAUACCCCCCUCAUGUUUGCUUCUCCCCCUUCCCAUUUCAAGCUCAGUUUCAAACUGUUAGUUCAAUGAUGCACACACACAAAUGAGGGGAGGGGGAUAAGCAAUCUAGAAGUCUAUUAUUACAUAUGUAUUAAAAUGUUAAUAUCACACUUUUUUUCUGACGUUUAAAAUGUUAUUACUUUGCAGACUAUGCUUUAUAGUACCUGUGUGAAAGGGCCUAGGACACUGGAUACGAAUAGAGCUAUGUUGAUAUAUCAUAGUAUGUACACAAAAACUUUCAUUUUGUCAUACAUUAUACUUGUAAUGUAAAAUGAUUAUUAAUAAAAAAAACACUUCAGUUUA